AUGUCGUCGGUGACCGUAACCAUUUUCAUCGAGCGUGUCUUCACCUCGUCUUCACCCUCCAGUCGUCUUCAUUUCGAGAAUGCUGUGAGAUUGAGGGCGGACGACUCUGUCCUUCACGUCUACAAGGAUGUUUUCUAUAACAUUCCAGUACAAGUCAAACCCUCUCAAAGCAUGUUCUAUGUCACCCGUGGGUCUCACAUUGGUGUAGUGGCAGGCUGGGAGAAUGCACUCAACUGCGUUCUGGGUGUCGCUGGUGCUGUUUACCAUGAGGUUGAGUCUGUUGCAAUUGGGGAGGAAAAAGUCAGGAUUGCCAUCGAUGAAGGACGAAUUAAGAUGGUGGAACCCUGGGCCUUCGAUGAGUAA